UCACGGAUUUCGAGCAACAAAGGCAUCCGCCUCUUGUUCUUGGUUGGAUGUUCCUGGUGCUGCCGUUCCUACCUGCAUCCAAUCUCUUUGUCACUGUGGGUUUUGUCGUGGCAGAACGGGUUUUAUAUACACCAAGUGUUGGGUGGAUUAUUUUGAUCGUCUACGGUAUGCAGGUGAGCUGGACCGCUGUACCACGACGGAAAAGCUGGAUCACUACAGGCGUAGUUCUCCUAUUCGUUUUAGGAUGUUUCAGAACGGUUCUUCGGAAUAACGAUUGGACAUCUAGAGAAACUUUAAUCAAAGCGGGACUGCGGUCUCUACCCUACAAUGCCAAGAUGCAUUACAACUUCGCAAACUUCCUUAAAGAUACGUCUCAGCCGAACCUUGCGGUUCACCAUUAUCAGUUGGCUCUCUGGCUUUGGCCAGGAUAUGCUAGUGCGCAUAAUAAUCUUGGAACUCUCACGAUAGACGAUCAAGCGGAAUAUCAUUUUCUAGCAGCUAUUAACGCUCAACCAGGCCACGUAAAUGCUCAUUAUAAUCUCGGACGAUUGUACAGAAGAACGAAUCGAACUGAACAGUGCAUUGAGAUGCUGAGAAGAUGCGUGUCGCUGGAUCCGGCAUACGCACCGGCAUUUAGGGUUCUAGCGAGAAUCGCUACCGGUCCUGCAACAGGCGAGCUUCUGAGGCACGUAAUUCACCUUCAACCGCGAAACCCGGACGCUCUCGCUGAGUAUGCUUACUGGUUAUACAAGAACGGCAAAUGGUUGCCCUCACUCCGAUACUAUUUCAAUGCGAUGGAGAUCUUUCCGUCGCACAAACCGUCGCUUAUUGGUACGCUCAGGAUUUUGAGGUCGCGAGGUCAGUGGUCUAGAGUACACCAGCUCAUCAUCAGAUGGCAUUUAAUGUUACGAGCGAAACGAGGAGGCUUUAUCUAUCGUGGGGACUUGUAUAUUCGUGCGUGGGAGUUACAAAGCGAGUCUCGUCAAAGGACUCAUCAACAUCAACGGAAUCUCUGUAUAUCGGAGAAUGGAUGUUCGAGGCCGCGCGUGGCCAGCGUGUCGGUGCAACUCGAACAAGACAGCAACAAGUCGGAACAGCUGCAACGGGCACCGCGUUGUAACGUGCGUGCUUGCAGACAGCCAAGAAAAGGGAAGACGCGUGUAACCGCGCCCACCCUGCUCGUGCAGAAUUUUCUGGAGACGCUUUAGUCCGUUCCGAUUGGGGAACGGGUCUACCUCCUGCUCGUUCGCCAGCUGAAAACAGGCCGUGAAAGAUGAAGGGAAGAAGCGCGAUAUUCCGACCGCGUAGCAGCCUCGUCCGACGAUCGUCAGCGACGAAGAGAGUCCUAUUAUAGUGGAAUGCCUGAAUAUUUUUCGUAUGCUGUGUUUGUGUGCUAUCUAGGACCGCACGCCCGACCUGUCGCGGAUCAAUCACGAUAACGAAAUCUAAGAAGGUACGCAUAUAUCGUUAUCGUUUAUAUAUAUGUGUCCUCGCGUUCUUCGUGGCAUCCUGUUUAUCCUGUCGAUCGAACAGCGACGAUGCGAGUCGCGGUCUCUUAAAAAAAAAAAUAAAGUUGCUAAUAAAAAAAGAAAUAAAAAAAAACAGACGCUCCGUAUAAAUAACUUUGGCUUCGAACGUGGAUAAAGCGUUCUGAAAAUCGUUCGCCAGGACAAAUGACAAUGUGCGCUAACGGUGAAAAAAAAUCGAGAUGCUAGAAUUAAAUUCCUUGAAAAUUAUUUUGCCACUUUUAAAUUCAAUAUAAGAAUAUUUAACGAGAGAGGACCAAGGGAGAUUCGAGCGAUUAAUUGCGUAUGCGACGAACGAUUAUAGCGAGUUGAUUAAAAUGCGUACCUAAUCAGAUACGACAUGGAACCGUGUGCGUUCAAGCGUGUAUCUAUACCUAUACUUUUGAAACGUGAUAAUUGUAAUUGGUAAUAUAGCUACAUGUAGUACGACGUGUUUCUAUAAAUAUUUGCUAUAUCUCGUGUGUGCUUUCAACGUUUUUAUGUCCGUUUUCAGUGCAGCGAUAAAGCUGCCGUUGUAUAUGUAACAUCAGAAAGACGAAGUAUUUUAA